AUGGCCUACAAUGGACCACAGAUUGUAAUUUGUUUUGUUAUAUUCGUUACUGUUGUGCUGUUAUAUAUUAUUUCAUCACUGUUUAGUACUAACAGUACUGUGCCAUUUGAUGAUGGGAGUUUUAGAUUUACAUGGAUGUAUAGACUUUUACUUAAUCUUAUAGGUUACGCUACUAUAUUUAUACCUGGAUAUUUGAUAUUCAAAUACGUACAUAUUAGCAAGUACCUUGAGCGUUCAGGAGGUGGUUGUCUGGCCAGGAUCAUUGAAGCUUGUGUGAUUGGAAGAGAUAACAAUUUAACUGACGUAACUCCUGAUACUCCAGUAAGAUCUCUUAAGCAGGAUACUCUAUUAUUAUUAUUUUGUUUCGUGGGAUUGCAAGGCUCAUAUCUAACAUGGGGGAUUCUUCAAGAAAAAGUGAUGACUCAGGAGUAUUCAAAUUCCAAAGGGGAUGUGAGUCGUUUUACUGAUUCCCAGUUUUUGGUUUUUGUAAAUAGGAUUUUGGCUUUCUGUUUAUCUGGUAGCUACAUUUUGUUGCGACGACAGCCUAGGCAUAAUAUGCCUCUUUACAAGUAUGCUUACUGUUCAUUUUCGAAUAUUAUGAGUUCAUGGUGUCAAUAUGAAGCCUUAAAAUUUGUUUCGUUCCCAACUCAGGUUUUAGCGAAAGCUUCAAAACUCAUCCCUGUAAUGGUAAUGGGUAAAUUAGUUUCAAGGCAGAAAUAUGAGUAUUAUGAGUACAUUACCGCUCUUUUGAUCUCAUUAGGAAUGACAUUUUUCAUGCUUUCGAGUGCUCCAAAUAAAGGGGAAACUGUUACAACAGUGUCAGGAUUGAUUCUUCUUGCUGCAUACAUGAUGUUUGACAGUUUUACUUCUAAUUGGCAAGGAGUAUUGUUUACACAAUACAGGAUGAGCCCUGUUCAAAUGAUGUGUGGUGUUAACUUGUUUUCAUGUAUUUUUACUGCUGUUUCACUUUUUCAGCAAGGAUCUUUUCCUAAAUCAUUCGCUUUCAUGACUAUGUUCCCGAAAUUCAUGAUUGACUGUUUAUUGAUUUCGAUUAGCUCAGGAGCUGGACAGCUUUUUAUUUUCUUCACUAUUUCUUGUUUUGGACCUGUUGUAUUUACUAUAAUAAUGACUAUCCGUCAGGGUUUAGCAAUACUUUUGUCUUGCUUGAUUUAUAAUCACGCAAUAUCUCUUUUGGGUGUUACUGGUAUUGUUCUUGUGUUUGGUGCCAUCUUCCUCAGAAUAUAUUGUAAUCAAAGGCUGAAAGCCAUUCGUGGAAGGCUGCAGAAUACCAUGGGAUCUAAAGUUUAG